AUGGAUAGACAGCAAGAAGCUGAAGAGAGUUGCGAUCCUACCGAGUUCAAGUUUCGAUCUAGGCCCCUUACAGCCGGUGGAACUGGGAUAGAAAAUGGUAUUCGUUUCUUCACGACAGCCAUGCACACUUUGGACAGAAUCGAAGGGGCGUUGAGUGAGAUCGAACAAACUCGGACAUUGGUGCAUCAGAUGAUUGGAGAAUUUAGCCUGGCCGGGUCUGGUGUGAGGGUGCCGCGGUUAACACCUGAGGGGGGAGGUCAGAGAAAGAAACUAAAACCUGAAAGGAAAGAAUUGACAGAAAAAGAUGUUUGUACUCCAAGGUAAUAUCAUAUAUACCAUCUCACUUGAUUUUUAACAUCUAAACGAGUGACAGUGGUGUAGUAUAUAUCAUACUCCUCUACCAGGGUUAUUCCCAGUUUUACAAUGUAACAGUUCAGUCCACGGUUAUUUCUGAUCAUGGGCUUUGUGAUUCCAGAAUUCAUAGACGCUCGAGACCAAAACGCAACAAGACGCUGCUAGAAAUCUGCGAAGAGUGGAAGAAAAAGUAA